AUGCAAAAUGGACAUCGACAAAUUAAACCACGUGUCAAAUCAAUGAAUAUUAUCUCGAUGGCUGAUGAAGAUUUCAAUAUGUUACCACAGAAUACUUCAGAAAAUAUUCCAGUUCUCCGAAGAAGGAAAUACACAAAACAACAGAGAAAAUCACUGGUAAUAGAGCCAGAUAUCAGUUUAAUUCUAGCAGCUGGAGCAGAUCAAUCAAGUUCCAGUGAUGAUAGUGAUACCAGAGUUCAGAUUGAUUCCAACACUCUUCCAUCGAAUCGACGGAGAUAUGCAGGGAAAAGGAAUAUGAAAAAGAGAUUUUAUUCAACAAGUAAUUUGAAAGGAACAGAGAAUGAAAAUGAUGAGAAUUCCAGCCAGCAGUGGACAUCUCAAAUAUUCGCGGAACUAGAAUCAAUUCCAUCUAGUCGAAGAGGUUCAAUAGAUGUUACAAAAUCCGCCUUGAAUCUUCCACCUGAACUGAUAAUCAACCUUGCUGCCACAUCACUCAUGACGUCAUCUGCUCCAGGACCACCAUCUCCAAUGAAAAGAAGACGUUUCCCAGUUUUUGAAGAAGAGGAAUCAUCAUCUACUUCUUUUCAACCAAUUCAUCCAUUUCCAUCGCCCAGAACUUCCAAGAAGCAACCGGAAGAUGUUGUUGGUCCCACUUUUCUUCGAGAUCUUCUCACUGCCAGCUGUUCAAAAUAUCCGUAUUCCGAGUCGACUUGUUCAGAUCGACUGGCAACUUCGGACACUGCAACUCAAAAACCAUCUCGAGCUUCGUCGUUCGAAUGGUUGAAUGCAGAAAAUACAGAACAUGGAAAGUAUGAAGAAUGUUCUUCCGAUGAGGCAGAUCGAGAAGUUGCAUUGAUUGGAAUGGCCAAACAAUCAGAUGCUUUGCAAAGAAAAAAAAAUUUGGAAGAGCUCGAAAGAAGUGUGAACGAGUUAGAAAGCCUCGGGAACAGCUCCUGGUUUCCUGAUCCUCCACCGCCACCCGAUGAAGCGCGAGACCAGAUUUUUGACUCUCUACCAGCAUCAUUUCGGAACCGUAAACCAGAAAAUCGAAAGAAUGCAGUUGGAAGUGUCUAUGAUAAUGCAUCUUCAUCCAUCGCAAAACAAUCAGAUUUCUCACAACAAAAGUCAAUCAAAACAAUUGAUAAACCGUUUUCUCUCGAGAAUCUUCCAAUGGUACAACGUCUCAGCGAGUUGAGUGCAUCGAAAAAUAACAGUGGCUCGAAGAAGGAAGUGACGAAAAGAAACAAUACGUUUGCUGACUUUGCUAUACAAUUAUCUGAACGUGAUGCAGUGGAUGCAUGUGCAUGGUUGAGGAAAGCUGGUUUCUCGAAGUACGCAGAUCAGUUUGAAGACGGAAAGCUUCCAAUUAAACCAUCUCAAGACCCAACAAUAGCAGAAACCGAUCUACGCUCACUGAAUCGACGAAUUGCAAUUCUGAAUAAAUGUCACACUAUGAAAGUGGAUAGUGUCCCUAUGAGGAGGCGAAUGAACAACGAAUUCCCACGCUUGGAUCCGAUGAAAGUGGAUGAUAAUAGUUUAUAUUCAUCCGAUAGCUGGAGAUACGGAGGAGGCGGAAGUCAUCAUUCGAAAACUUGGAGUCGCCCAUCUGGAAGUGAUCAUGUUUAUAGUGGAUCACUAGCAAGAUAUCCAAAUAGCACUUCUACUUGGAAUCACCAAAUGACUGAACCAACUCGAGACAGUCGUAAAGUAUUGCGAACGGAUUGGUACGAUGCUCAGAACUCAGCACACGGCAGACAUAAUGAUACACUUGAUACUGCAUCCACAGCAGCUUGUGUUAAUGAGUUGAACUCAAAACUGCAACGAUCUCAAAGUGAACGAAUCAAAGAUCGCGCGAGAGCGAUAAUGAAAAAGAUGGAUCCCCGAUCCCCGAAUAAACGGCCGAAAGAAUCCAGAGGCAGACCUGCUCCAAUGAAUAUCGGUGAUCCUGUACUGGUUUCUUAUGACACUCCGAAAAACUCAAUAAGAUCACAUCACAUCGACAGACCUUCUAUAUUACCAGAACGAGGACGUCAGCUGUAUCAGUCAUCAUCUCCGUUUCAAACUCCAUCUCGAAGCAAAUCGAUUGCACAGAAUCGAAGAGGUGGACUUGUUUUCAUAACACCUACAACUCCAGAUUCAUUGGAUAAAUCCUUCGGAUAUUCUGAUACGAAUUCAAGCAUUGUCUCGUCUUUACGAUCGAAUGGAAACUGUGGCGAAAGUCGAAGAAGAGAACUUUCAAUGCCUCCUCCAUCAAGAAAUCGUGUUACAAUGAAUGGUCCGUACCUUCCAAAUCAUGAUGGAACUCUUCGAAGAAGGGAAAUAAUGCCAUUUGAUUCCUAUCUCUAUCCCGGACAUCAUAACAUUCUUGACAGAUUCGAGAAAAACUAUGAAACGCCGCGAAAUCUGAUACCAGAUCGAAUGUACGAUGAUCUCGAUGUUCUUCCCCCGUCAAAAUCGAAAACUAACUCAAAUUCGAAUUCGAAUUCCAGUUCCCUUGAUAAUAAGAAAACGGAUAAUAUCAGCAUGUUCAAUGAUGGAUAUUAUACGCAUGAAAUCAAACCAGCCCUUCCACGUCAUCACAACAUUUCCAAGCCAGAAAAUCUGAAGGUGAACACGGAAAAGAUAGAAGUUCUUUCAAGUUCAGACGAACCAAUUGGGAGAACAACACUCACAAAAAGAAGUGAUUCUGGAUUGGGAUCAAGUCUUUCAAGAUCUCCGAGUGGUCCACAUACUCAAAGAAUUCGACAGUCUCUUCUACCGUACUCAAAUGCCACGUCAUCUGGAAUCAGUUCUGCAUAUUCGUGUUGUUCUUGGGAAUCUUCCACAAAAUUGAUUGACGAACAACCUUUUUUUGCGGAGAUAGAAUUGGCAAGAUCGAUUGAUUCACUUAAUUUAAUUGAAAUGACUCGAAUGAGGAAGACUGCUUAUCUGAGAUUAUGUUCAACACUGGAAAGAAAUAUUGAUGCAAAAAUUCAUUUGACUGAUCCGGAUCAAGAUGAAUUACCAUCAAAACAUGUGUGGAGUGUUCAACGACUUAUUAAAAGAAUGAAGAUAAAUGAUGGACAGAAGAAUCAUAAAGAUAAUGAAGAUAGUGCAGUUUUUGGAGUUGGUUUGGAUGUGAUAUUCAAUAAAACUGGAUAUUUCUUGCCUCGACCGAUUCUCGAAAUUAUGAAAUUCCUUCGAAAUAUUGCUCCAGAAACUGUUGGAAUCUUCCGGAAGAAUGGUGUGAAGUCGAGAAUUGCUGAAUUGAGAGCGAUCAUCGAGAGCUACAGUGGGAACACCGAUGUUUUUGUUGGAGAGAAUAUGCUGGAUUCAACUCAAGUUCAUGAUGUUGCUGAUCUCUUGAAACAAUAUCUUCGUGAUCUACCAGAACCAUUGAUGACAAUCAAGAUGUCUGAAGUGUUUGCUAACAUUUGUUCUGUUGUUCCCGAUGUCGACAGGAUAACAUCACUUCAAUACGCCAUCCUUCUCCUUCCUGAUGAAAACCGAGAAGCACUGAAAACUCUUCUUCUCUUUCUGAAGGAAGUUUCCAGGAAUUCGCAAGUCAACAAUAUGACUGCUCAAAACCUAUCCGUCUGUUUCACUCCAUCUCUUUUCCAACUUGGAGCAUCUCGAUUGGAUAAGGCUACACCUGGAAGUAGACGACAUAAAACAGUCGGAGGAACAGGAUUACCAUCAGAAAAAGAAAUGAAAGAGGCAAGAGCUUGUCAGCUGUGUUUGACAAUGCUUAUUGAAUAUGUACAAACGGUUUUCAUGGUUCCUGAUGGACUUGAUGAACAUGAUGAUGCCGAGGAUGAUAAUCCAAACCUGACAGAUCUUGGUCUAAAAGGACCCCGUUCUUUCCUAGUGGAUCGUGUAAUUGAUAUGAUCAGAGACCACUCUGAUGGCUGGAAGAAUUGGACAAUUGAAGGAUCAUUCCGCGGUGUUGAAAUCUCAUCAAGAAGACCAUCUGACUCUCAUCCAUUGAAGACUUUCCGAGUUUGCCUCGAUAUUCCAGCAGGACCAAAAAGUGUGAUGAUGAGAAUACUCAAAGAAAGAUACACGUGGGAUUCAUCUGUUAUCAAUUGGAGACAUCUAGAAUAUGUCAGUGCUCCAGACACGGAUAUUCAUCAAUAUGUUGUCAAUGAGACUAUUGGACAUCCAACAAAAGAUUGCCACGUUGCAAGAUUCCACUCUUCUGGGUUAACGGAAAUCCGAGGAGCAUGUGCAAUUGCGGAAAGAAGUGUUAAAUGCCCAGAAGAUCAAUUAUUGGGCGGAGUCUCAGCUACAAUAUUUGAUCAACGUUUCCUGAUUGAACCAGUUAGUGGAGGACAAUCACGGGUCAAUUAUAUCGCUCGGGUCGAUCUCAAAGGUCGCUCCCUUCAAUGGUACAACAAAUCAUUCGGAUCUAUAAUGUGUCGUCAUCUAGAUCGUCUUCGAGAAUCAUUUCUUCUUGGAGACAAGGGCGGUCCAGAAACGAAAGUUUAA